GGGAGGCCUACGAAUCGGGGUAGUAGUUGGUUGGGUUGGUGAGUGGCGAGUGGCGAGUGGGCGAGUCUCCAACUCUUGGGAGGCCGUGCGUACAUAAAUACAGCCUAUACAUAUACCAUAGAUCCACUGCAGAGCUGUCAUCUCCUAAUCUCCUCUGUCUCUUUUCUGCGAAUUCACAUUCGCAAAUCUGAAUCUCAUCUCCCUCAUUUUCCAGAGAUACGUAGAUCUGGUUAUUGGACAGCGAAGGAGAAGAAGCAAAAAUGAAGGUGAUAGACAAGGUGAGAUCCGAGACUGAGAAAGGAAGAACUGUUUUCUCCUUCGAAUUCUUCCCUCCGAAGACCGACGAUGGAGUCGACAACCUGUUCGACAGGAUGGAUCGUAUGGUCACUCACAACCCCGCAUUCUGUGAUAUCACUUGGGGUGCUGGCGGCUCCACCGCUGAUCUGACGCUCGACAUCGCUAACAAGAUGCAGAACAUGAUUUGCGUGGAAACUAUGAUGCACCUCACUUGCACCAACAUGCCUGUUGAGAAGAUCGAUCACGCCCUGAACAAUAUCAAGUCCAAUGGAAUCCAGAACGUGCUUGCCCUCCGCGGGGAUCCUCCCCAUGGACAGGACAAGUUCGUGCAGGUCGAGGGUGGCUUUGCCUGUGCCCUAGACUUGGUGAAACAUAUCAGGGGCAACUACGGUGAUUACUUCGGCAUCACUGUCGCUGGAUAUCCAGAGGGACACCCAGAUGUAAUUGCAAACGAUGGCGUGGCUCCUCCAGAAGCUUAUCAGAGUGAUCUUGCAUAUUUGAAGAAAAAGGUUGAUGCUGGAGCAGAUCUUAUUGUCACUCAACUCUUCUAUGACACUGAUAUCUUCCUCAAAUUUGUGGACGAUUGUCGCCAAAUUGGAAUUACAUGUCCCAUUGUUCCUGGGAUAAUGCCCAUCAAUAACUAUAAGGGCUUCUUACGUAUGACAGGUUUUUGCAAAACAAAGGUACCUGCUGAGAUUACCGCUGCAUUGGAGCCUAUAAAGGACAAUGAAGAAGCUGUCAGAUCCUAUGGCAUUCACCUUGGAACUGAAAUGUGCCGGAAGAUUUUAGCUCACGGAAUUAAGACUCUGCAUCUUUACACACUAAACAUGGAGAAAUCAGCAUUGGCCAUAUUAAUGAAUCUUGGUUUGAUUGAGGAGUCCAAAGUUGCACGGUCUCUACCUUGGAGACGUCCAACAAAUGUUUUCCGUGUUAAAGAAGAUGUUCGUCCAAUAUUCUGGGCCAAUCGUCCAAAGAGCUACAUAUCAAGAACUAUAGGCUGGGAUCAGUAUCCUCAUGGGCGAUGGAGCGAUUCGAGUAAUCCAUCAUAUGGCGGUCUCACUGACUAUCAGUUCAUGCGACCACGUGCACGUGACAAAAGACUUAAUGACGAAUGGGUUACUCCCUUGAAAAGCAUUGAAGAUGUUCAUGAGAAAUUUAAGAAAUUUUGCUUGGGGAAGUUAAGAAGCAACCCUUGGUCUGAAUUGGAUGGGCUUCAGCCAGAGACAAGAAUCAUAAAUGAGCAGCUGGGCAAAAUCAACUUGAAGGGUUUCCUCACAAUCAAUAGCCAGCCUGCAGUGAAUGCAGAAAAAUCCGAGUCUCCAUCUGUUGGUUGGGGUGGCCCUGGAGGUUAUGUUUAUCAGAAGGCUUAUCUGGAGUUCUUCUGCUCGAUGGACAAAUUGAAUGCUCUUGUUAAUAAAUGCAAGUCUUUUCCAAGUAUAACUUACAUGGCUAUAAACAAAGAAGGGUGUUGGAUGUCCAACAUCAACAAAACCGAUAUAAAUGCGGUAACUUGGGGAGUUUUCCCUGCAAAAGAAAUCAUCCAGCCAACAGUUGUUGAUCCUGCUAGCUUCGUGGUCUGGAAGGAUGAAGCAUUUGAAAUUUGGUCAAGGGCAUGGGGUAACUUGUACCCCGAGGGUGAUUCGUCUAGAAAGUUGCUCGAAGAGGUACAAAAGAGCUACUAUUUGGUGAGCUUGGUAGACAAUGACUACAUCAACGGCGAUAUAUUUGGUGUGUUCGCAGAUCUCUAAUUUCAGCAUUACUCGGUUUUUAAUCUGAUCUCAAAUCAUUCAGUAAAAACCAUUUUAAAGGAAAAAAAUGGUGCUUCCCCAAAUUUAAAUGUAGCUUUAUGAUCUUUUGUUGUAUUGAUUUAUAUAAAUCUUAUUGAUUUUCAAUAACAUGUUGCUUGGGAUUUUGAUGCAUCCCUUGCUGAGUGGUGGGAAUUAUGUUUGGAUGAUAACAUGCUUUUAGGCAGGCUGGGAAAUCAAUCUGUAGUCUUACCUACCAA